AUGGAGUCCAGACUACAAAAAGAAACCUGGCAAGGCAGGACUGUUUACAACCAGAGUCAAAAGGAUAUCCUCCAAGGGGGGCCUGGGUUAAUGAAAAUAAAAAAGGAUAUCCUCCAAGCAUCGUUUGAACAAAACCCUUACGCUGAUAAAGCUACCAGGAAACAAUGGGGCAAGGAAAUUGGCAUUCCAGAGUUUUUCAGUUCAAAUAUGAGAACUGUCCUAAAAGACACCUCUGUUCCAUGUUCUCUUGUAGAAUACUUACCAAAAGCAGCCAGAGAAGACUGGACAUCCAUCACAAGACCUCAAUCACAUAUCCUACUUCAAGCUUUUGAGAGGAACCAAUUCCCUGAUAGAACAACCAGGAAAAAAGUGGCUAAAAUAACAGACAUUCAGGAAUCAAGAAUUCAAGUAAGUUCUGUCUAUAGCACCAAAUAUGUUCUACCUGUAAGUGAUCAAGAAAAGUGCCAGAAUCACAAAGAAUAGAAGCACACAGGAGUACUACAGUUGAAGGACUACUCUCAGCCUCAUCCUGAGCACCAAAACCACCAACUGCAGGAUCUGGGGCAGGUAGACAUUAUUCUGCAAUGGUGGGAUGAAAUCUGCCAGACUCUGAUUACAAAGUGGGAUCCUCGAGGAGGGACACACUGAGACACUUAUCCGCAGCACAGUCAACUGGACGACCAUCUCAUUCCCUUGGCCAACUCACCAACAAUGUGCAGAAACCUCAAGCCUUUAUGUCAACUGUUAUCCACAGAUUUUCAGGAACAGGUACCUUUUCCGAGUCCUGGCCCACAAAAAGAGGACCCUCCAGGACCCCAACUGUGCUUCAGUGAAGAUGCUUUUCAGGCUGUGUUCCAUAUGCUACAAAGCUUACCAAGGUCUGAGAUUCCAGAAAAAGAAGUCAUUCUCAGAACCUGGUCCAGACCUCUCUUCUUUUGAUGCAAAUCAGUGCAAUUUAAAGGACAGUGGAUAAUGAAGUCAUCCUGUUUGGGACAAGAUUAAUGCAAGAGGAAGGAGAAACCACUUGGAAACACAAAAGGCAGUUUUUAACUGUUUUGUGGGCAGUGGUUAUCUUCUAUAUUCACUUCAUUGAAUAAAGAAAGGAUGGUUUCUAAGCUGCAUACAGCCUCUGGAAGCACCAUAGGCCAGUAGACAGGUCUGCUGAAUCCUUCUGAACAAAAGCAUUUCACUGAUAAACAUGACUUCUUCUCUAAUCACGAUGUCUACCAAUCUGGAAUUUGCAUGAACUAUAACCAUACCCAAGCAAGAACAUAUCUACGUGCUGACACAUUAGCACUCCUUUG